GUAGGUCAUUGGUUUGUGAUCAGACGUAUAAGGUGAGAUGUGUGCUGUAUAAUAACCCCCGUACCCUGCCUCCUCAGCCCCUGCAUCUACCAUUCAAUCUUUUCGCCUGCUGAACUCAUCGUCUCGAGAUUCUCAGCUUCGAUAUAAGGUCCCAUUCCCAAUCAGGCUGCUUUCACUUCCCACUAAGACUACAUUCCUCCCGUCGACAUCUGGUCUUCGACCACAAUGGCCAGCAUUCUAGCCCAACAGCCCACCCACCCGGCGCAAUUCCGUACCGACCGUGACGGUCUGGCUUUCGAAGCGUUAUGCGAUGAGAUUGAGCACGCCGACAUCCUUGCAGACCAAGCCACCAAGCAGAGAAACCAAUCAGAGGAAGAACAAGAUGGCGGAAAUUCCAAAUUCGAUGCUGAGAAAGACAAGACGCAGUUUCGACAAUACGAGAAUGCUUGUGACAGAGUCAAGAACUUCUACAAAGAACAACACACCAAGCAAACUGUAGCAUACAAUCUCAAGGCUCGAAACGACUUCCACACCAAGUCACGUGCCGAGAUGACCAUUUGGGAAGCCAUGGAGCGUCUGAACACCCUGAUCGAUGAGUCAGACCCGGAUACCGAGCUCAGCCAGAUUGAACACCUUCUCCAGUCCGCUGAAGCCAUGCGUCGCGAUGGUAGACCCCGCUGGAUGCAACUCACCGGCUUGAUCCAUGACCUGGGGAAGCUCCUGUUCUUCUUCGACGCCCAGGGCCAAUGGGACGUAGUUGGUGACACUUUUCCUGUUGGCUGCGCCUUUGACGACAAAAUCAUCUACGGCAACAAAUCAUUCUCCGAGAAUUCUGACUUCCAAGACCCGGUCUACAGCUCAAAGUACGGCAUCUACUCACCCGGUUGCGGCAUGGACAAGAUCAUGCUCUCCUGGGGUCACGAUGAAUACUUGUACCAUGUCGUCAAGGACCAGUCAAAGUUGCCCGACGAAGCUCUCGCCAUGAUUCGAUACCACAGUUUCUACCCGUGGCACCAGCAGGGUGCAUACAGGGAUUUCAUGGUGGAGAAGGACCAUGAAAUGCUCAAGGCUGUCAAAAGGUUCAACCCGUACGAUUUGUACAGCAAGAGCGACGAGAAGCCCAGUGUUGAGAAACUCAAGCCUUACUAUAUGGAGCUGAUUGACGAGUAUUUCCCUACCAAGGUCAUCAAGUGGUAGCCUUUCAGUAUAUUUGCACAUGGGUUUGAGCGUUUGACCUACCUUUUGCUUGCUUUGGGCAUUGCUGUGGCCGCUGGGACGGUAUAUGUGACGACGAUCUCUUUUGAAACGGAAAAUCCAGCGUCAUGAUAGAUACCUACUGGGACAUAGAUUGCUGGUGCAUGGAGGCUGAGAUUCUUCAUACGAAUACAACGACCUACGAUGUAAUGCAGUGACCACACUGCCAUGAUCAUCUCC